AUGUCUCAACAAACUCAGGAUCCAGAGUAUGUUGGGAAGGUCAGCGAGCAUGCAGUGGAUACUUUCUAUGAGUUUAAUUGUACGGACAUGGAGGAGAGUAAUCGCGGACUGGACGAUGCGCUCAUGAGUAACGUUAUCCCCGAUAUCCUCGCCGCCAUCAAUGCGCAAGAUACCAAUCUUGAUGACUUCAACGUCGAUGAAAUAGAUUAUGAGACCCUCAAUGCUAAUAUCUUCCCCUUCCCAGGCCUGUAUGGAUUGCUCCAAGAGCAAAGCGUCCACGAGCAACAGCCACAGCCAUGGUCUCAGCAGUCUCAUCAGCCACAAACACCACGGGGUUGCUUACAACAACUGAUUGCAUCACCGCAACCCAUGCAGCAGCCUCGUGUUCAGACUCAAGCACCGUUGGUGGAGCAAGAGUCACCAUCACGUGGUCGGCUGCAGGGUAUAUCACAACAGCUAGAGACGACACGACAGUCGACAACGUCGCAUCUGACAGUGCCAAUCCCUACAGAACGACAAGGCGAGUUACGAUAUCAGAUUCCUGUACUUCGAACAGCAACUUCAUCACGCCCAAUGGCUGCCGACAAGAAACCUUCCAAUGAGUCAAGCGGCGACAAGAAGCAGAAGAAGGCAUCUGGAGCACCACAAGCACACAUUUCUGCUUCUCCGCAAGUACCAGCGCAAGCACCUCGCCCCAUCGCCGCAGCCGCACCCCAAGCCAUGCAAUUCGCCAGCUUCGCGGAAUGUAUCGACCGCGCCACCGUCGCCAACUUCGAUUCCCACUGGGAGACCCUGUCCCCCAACCCUCCCACCUCCCCUAUCACACCAGCUCAGAUCACCACGAUCUGCUGGAAACUCCUCUCCAUUGCCAUUGACUUACAUACGCGUGGUCCUAUUUGCCUCAAUGUCUACGAUCGGGCUAAACUGAAGAACGUGUACAAGUUUCGGGGUUUGAAGUUCAGCGAGCGUAUUGAUAAGGUGUGUGAGUUGAUGCGUAUGAGCAAGGCUAGAUGUGGCAGUCUGCUAAAGCUUGACGGGUUGGAGAUGGUGGUUGCGACGGCGUCGUUGCUAUGUACACAGACGAAGAGUAAUUACAAGCAAAAUCGAACCAGGCAGCAUAAUCUCGUUGAAGGUAAUCUAAUUGUGAAGAAGAAGAGGAAGGUUGAGAAGUUUGACGAAAACGAGAGUGGGGACGAGGAGGAAGAAGAAGAGAGGGGUGAUGUAGAAUCAGAAUGA